AUGGGCUUCCUUCUUCCUGAAAAUCCCGCGUUUAUGUUGUCCAAGCACUUGAAUUUUUCAGUACAGUGUGAUCGUGGCAACCCUCUACGUAUCGGAGACCUCACCCAAUCGUGCCAGUCGAACAGCGAUUGUCCUUCAUCUCAUGAGUGCAGAGUUGAUCAGUCUGUUUGCUGCCCACGAAUGCAGACGAUCUGUACUCAACCACUACGUGUGGGGAACUGUGAUCGGUCCGUGAGAAGAUACUGGUAUUCGGCAGCUACAAGAGAGUGCCAGUCCUUCGAAUACACAGGUAUUUUCACGGAAGGUUCCCUGCUCCCAGGACUCGUUCAGAUAAGGUUUUUAGGAUGUCAAGGGAACGAUAACAACUUUGAAACCUUAGUCGAUUGUCAGACUUUUUGCAGAAAUGCGGCACCUGAACCCCGAUGUCUACAGGGCCAAGCCUAUAAAGACAGUUCGGGUAAGUUUGUCACCUGUUCAACCAACCGCGCUGCUUCAUCGUGUCCAGUCAACUACGAAUGCUAUCACGAUGGCAACAUGUUCGGCUGUUGCCCCACAAAAGCUUUUACGUGCUCGCUGAUGUCAAAUCCGGGGAAGACCUGUGGGCCAGGUGUCUCGUUCAAGUUCUACUACAAUGCCCAAACACAGGUCGGCCAAAGUUUAGCAUCUCUGAAACUGCACGUGUUGUAG